CAGGAACAGUGCUAGGACCUAGGGAGUAGGAUCAAACUCAGAUGUACCCUCGUUUAUGGAUGUACUUACAUAGUUAUCGGCUCCACUAAAUAUUAAAAUUAAUACGAUAAUAAUGAAAAUAUACACGUUUUAAGUUUAUCUUAUAAUUUAUAAUUUUUACAUCUCGUCUGUGCUAACUCUAACAGUAAACUGCUAAUAGAUUAAAUUUGUUGCCUGUAAAGCAUAAUUUGUAAAAUUAUGAAAAUAAGAAUUAAUUAUUACAAACUUUUCUGUUCCAUAUUACAUAAAUAAUUUUUAUGAUAUUUCGCAAACAUGACAUCGUUUUUGAAAAGCCUUAAUGGAUUUCAACUGUUUAGUAGACACUUAAAACAAAGCCUCAACAUGAUAUCUGUUCCUGCUCGUGGUAAAUUACAAAAUCCUCCACCAAAGAAACGUCACCCACAGUGGCUACCAAAACCAACACGUAUACGUUAUAAUGAAGAACUUUCUCCAGAAAACAAAGAAUUUCUCUCUGAAUUUGUAUCAGCCAAUAAUGGUCUGCUCGGUGCACAAAAAUCUCCAUUAAAUGCAGAACUUGUUCAGUCAGCAACAUGGACUCCAAACUCUAAACGUACUGGUUUAAUUGGGAAAAAGAUAGGAGUAUAUCCAAUGUGGCUGAAAAAUGGUAAAAAAGUAACGACAACGCUAAUACAGAUUGUAGAUAAUGAAGUUAUAAAAUAUAUGCCACCUGAAGAAUUCAAUCCAGUUAAGCGCACUAAACAUUUACAACCUAAAGUAAAAAAUGGUUGCCUCGUAUUAGGUGCAGUAAAUAUCGAUCCGCAGCUACUUACUAAGGAAUAUUAUGGAAUAUUUAAUGCAGCUGGAGUUACACCAAAAAAAAUAUUAAUGAGAUUUGUAGUUUCACCAAAUGCUGCUCUUCAACCAGGAACUCCUUUGUGUGCAGCUCAUUUUAAACCAGGAGAAUUUAUUGAUAUACGAGGAAAAACUAUAGAUCGUGGUUUUCAAGGUGUCAUGAAAAGGUGGGGCUUUAAAGGUAUGCCUGCUUCUCAUGGUGUAACAAAAACACAUAGAAGACCAGGCAAUAUAGGCUCAGGAGGAACAAAGGCUAGGGUAAUGCCAGGUACUAAAAUGCCUGGACAUAUGGGAAAUCGUUGGCGUAUUCUCAAAGGUGUAAAGAUACUACGAAUAAACACUAAAUAUAAUGUAAUUUGGGUAUUAGGUCAUAACGUCCCAGGAGAGGUAAAUACCAUGUGUUAUUUGUAUGAUACGAUUUUACCUACUAAAAAAAGUACGUCACCACAUUUUCCUACAUAUUUACCGAAUAAUGAAAACACGAAUGUACUUCCUGAAGAACUUUAUGCGGAUGAUGUUCACCCAUUUAGUAACCCCACUAUUGAAUAUCAACCAAAAUCGUAAUUGUAAUAACGUAGUAAAUAAAAAAAGUACUUUAUAAUAAGA